CGCACAUCGACGGCCUCCUCCGCCGGAGUGCAGCUGUAUACUUAUCCAACAUAUAUUCUCCGUGACAGUACCUGAUGUAUAGUUGAGCUCAAAACGCUGUUUCCUCUAGAUUUAACCAGGUAUAUUUUUUGGGAAUAAAUAGUAUUUGAUGCAUUAUAGGUUGAUCUCAAAUUUUUUGCGGCUACAAGACUGAUGCGGACGACUGGUGUAGAAUAGACGCCGUUCCAUGAUCUGCCCUCCUCAUGAUAGCGAGGUUUCAUAGACGGAAAACAGACAUUGCUUCAUAAAUCGAUUUUUUUUUCAAUUAUUAUUAUUUUUUGGCAUUGAAAUAAACAGCGUCCAAUGCAGGCCACCAGUGCCAAGAGGCCCUCCCUGCAGGGGCCAGUGCCCCCUCCCCGCAAGAAGACAGCUCCCAAGCCAGAGCUGACUGAGGAGCAGAAGCAGGAGAUCAGGGAGGCCUUCGAGCUCUUUGAUACAGACGGCUCUGCAUACAUUGAUGUAAAGGACCUCAAGGUAGCAAUGAGAGCUCUGGGGUUUGAGCCAAAGAAAGAGGAGAUCAAGAAGAUGAUCAGCGAAGUGGAUAAGGAUGGCACAGGAAAGAUCUCCUUUGUCGAUUUCCUCACCAUCAUGACACAGAAAAUGGCUGAAAAGGACUCCAAAGAGGAAAUCCUGAAAGCUUUCCGCCUGUUUGAUGACGAUGAGACAGGCAGGAUUUCAUUUAAAAACCUAAAGAGGGUAGCCAAGGAGCUGGGAGAGAACCUCACAGAUGAGGAACUGCAGGAAAUGAUAGAUGAAGCUGACAGGGAUGGAGACGGAGAAGUGAACCAGCAGGAGUUUCUGCGUAUUAUGAAGAAAACCUGCCUGUACUGAAGGACGUGAUGACAUCAGGGAUGCUGAUGCAGACUCGAGCGGUCCGGUGGUGGCUUUAUGUGUAAUGCUGCUCAUAGAUAUCGCUAGAAAACCUUAACUAUUGUGUCGUGCCACACAUUUUCACUUACAAUGAAUCAAACUGUCACACAAUCAAAGGAACUUGUGAAAGACUUAAACGUAAUUUAUCCUCCUUGGAUUUAGACGGUACUUUACAUUACUGUACAUCUGCCAAAGCGGUUUCAGAAUCCGUCUUGUUUGGAAUGCUGCAGACUUUUAUUAAAUAUAUAUCAAUAUUAUUGACAACAUAUAGGUUAUUCAUUGUCAACGUUUCAGUGCCUCCCACAAAACAAACAUGGUACAUUCCAGUGCUUUUUGGUUUUAGGUGGAGUUAGUGUUAUGUUUGAUCCAGCUGCAGGCUGUUUGUUAUACCAGGAUUGUUGCUCCAGCUCCUUAAUGUUUACUUUUCUGAGAGAUUUCUAAAGUUUGAAAUUUGUAAUGAUUUACUAGGGUGAAAGGGAAGGGAUGGUCUCAUCCCUGCCCUGCCUCUAGAUUUGUGCCUGUGCCUCUUAAAGGUGCGACAUCACAAUCAGGGAAGCUGGCCAACACUUCUUUGACCUGCACGCCUUCUUCAAAAGUCCCGCCGUCUUUAAACUAUGAAUGUUGGUGUAUUUGUCAUGUAACUUCUUUCCGUUGUGGUCAUUUUUCUGGCGUGUCCCUGAAUGUUUUGUAUAUUGUGAUCUGAUAGAUAUUUAAGUAGAUAGAUAUUUAAAAAGUAGUGUUUUAGAAACUGAUUAAAUAUGUUAAAGCAG